AUGGCCGACGCACACCACCCCCCCACCAACGGGACCGCCCCGACCAACGGCACAGCCAAUGGCACAACCACCGCACACCUCCCCGCCCUCGUCACCACCGCCGCCGCCUUCCUGUCCGUUGACUACGACUACCUGAUCGUCGGCGGCGGCACCGCGGGCCUCGUGCUCGCCGCACGCCUGACCGAAGACCCGAACGUCACCGUCGGCGUGCUCGAAGCCGGCAAGAACGCGCUGGACGACCCACUCGUCGACACGCCGGCGCUGUUCACGCACAUGCUGGGAAACCCCGAGUAUGACUGGUGCAUGAAGACGACGCCGCAGAACGGGGGACAGGUGCACCACCUGCCGCGGGGCAAAGUGCUGGGCGGGAGCAGCGGGACGAACUACAUGAUGUACGUCCGCGGCUCCGAGCGCGACUACGACGACUGGGCGACGCUGACGUCCGACGCCGGGUGGUCCUUCGCCCAGAUGCGCCCCUACAUCGCCAAGCACCAGACGCUCUUCGCGCCGUCCGCCGAACAGCACGCGGCGCUAGACCGGGCGGGCAUGGCGACGGUGGCGGCCAACCACGGCUUCGCGGGCCCCGUGCACACGACGUGGAACACGACGCGGCUGCCGCUCGAGGACGCGUGGGUGGCCGGCGCCGACGAGGCGUUUGCGGUGGCGGCGAAGCCGGCGGACGCGUGGGGCGGCGACCACUACGGCUUCUACAACGGGCUGGGGUCCGUGUAUGCCGAGGGCGAGUGGAAGGGGAAGCGGUCGUAUGCGGCGAGGGGGUAUUUCGCGGGCCCGGGAGGUGCGGCGCGGAGGGGGAACUUGCGGGUGCUGUGUGAGGCGGGGGUGGAGAAGGUGGUGUUGGAGAAGGACGGGGGGGCGGAGGGGGGGAUGGAGGCGGUUGGGGUGGCGUUUAGGCAUGCGGGGGAGCGGUAUGAGGUCAAGGCCCGGAAGGAGGUGUUGGUUUGCGCGGGAGCGAUCCAUAGUCCGGCGGUGUUGGAGCUGAGUGGGAUAGGGAAUCCCGAGGUUUUGGAGAGGGCGGGCGUGGAGUGCAAGGUCGAGCUGAAGAGCGUCGGGGAGAACUUCCAGGACCACGUCCUGUCCGGGGUAGGAUACAAACUGGCCCCUGGCGAGGUGAGCGUAGACAGUCUAUACGCCCCAGAAGCCAUGGCAGCCGCGCAAAAAGCCUACGUCGAAGCCAAGGAAGGACCCCUGGCGGCGGUGGUCAGCGGACAGGGAUUCGUCAGCUACAAGCAAAUGGCCACCGACGAGGAGCUCGAACAAACCAUCGCCAGCAUCCGCGCCACCCAAAAGACCUCCACCCCCUUCCAACGCCGCCAACUCGACCUCGUCAUCGCCCACCUCCUCGACCCCCGCUCCGCCAACAUCCAAUACAUCCUCGUCCCCACCAGCGCCAACUUCACCUCCUCCGCCAUCGCCAACCAAGCCACCCUCUGGCCCGCCGGCGACCCCUCCAGCCCCGGCGCGACGUGGGUCACCUGCCUGCAGUACCCCGCCUCGCGGGGCUCGGUGCACAUCGUCAGCGGCAGCAGCGACGCGACGCCGGCCAUCGACCCGGGCUAUCUCGCGCACCCGGCCGACGUGGCCGUGCUGGCCGCCGGACUGCGGCACGGCGACCGGAUCGCCAGGUCGCGCGCCAUGGCUGGGCGGUUGGGGCCGCGGUACCGGCCGGCGCCGGAGGUGGAUUUGGAUGAGGCGGCGGCCGCUGAGCGCGCGGUGAGGGAGUGGAGUAUUGGUGAGUAUCAUGCGUGCGGGUCGUGCGCGAUGGGGGACACGGUGGACAGCCGGCUGCGGGUGAAGGGGGUGGGGAGGCUGCGGGUGGUGGAUGCGAGCGUGUUUCCGAAUCAUGUGAGCGGGAAUUGCCAGAGUUCGGUGUACGCUCUGGCGGAGAGGGCGGCGGAUUUGAUCAAGAGCGAUGGGGGGGCUGGGCACGCGGUUUAG